GAGUCGUGACCUCGCUGUGGCCCCGGCAGCGGCUGCGGGGAAUGUCGCGAGGUGCAUCCGCUUCGGCUGCAGUAGGUGGUGGCGGCCGCAGCCCUGGGUGGGGUCCCGUAGGAGCAUCUGAGAAGUCACAGGAGCUAGCGUUUCCGGGAAACCUGGAGACUCGCUGAGUGGCCGAGGUCGUCGGCUGCCCCUCUGCCCAGCAAGGGCUUUUCUAGAUGAUGUUAUCAUCAGGCAAUCGCUGCACCUGUCGCAGCCCCCAAGCCACCUCUUCCAGAAGUAAACCAUAACCUUGCUUCAUUCUUAGGCUAUUUACUGAGGACCCACUGGAUGUGAAGCACUGUGCAUAGUUUUCUUCGAUUGUUGCAACUUCCCUUGCAAGUUUCUGGACCAGCAGAGCUGAAGGAACCCAAACUUGGACUGAAGUGACUCUACUAAGGUCAGCUCUAUGGCUUUUCCACAUGAUUCAAAUGAAACUUCCUAUUUACUACCUCCAAACAAUGAGGACUGGGACAGGCAAGCCAUUCCUGACUUUGUUUAUGGGCAGAAGGAUCUCAUGGCAGAAGGGAUUCAGUGGCCAAGGAAUGCACCUGGCAUCCUGGAAGCUCUGCCACAGUCUCCAUUUGAUGCUGCACUCUGCUGUGCCUGGAAGCAGCGGGUAGAGCUGGGGCUGUUUCGCUACCGCCUACGGGAGCUACAGACACAAAUCCUCCCUGGUGCGGUGGGUUUCGUGGCUCAGCUGAAUGUGGAGCGUGGUGUGCAGAGGAGGCGCCCACAGACCAUCAAGAGCGUGAGGCAGGCAUUUGACCCUGAACAGUUCAACUUCAACAAGAUCCAGCCCGGAGAAGUCCUCUUCCGUUUGCACCGGGAGCCUGAUCUCCCUGGGACUCUCCUGCAAGAGGACAUCCUUGUGGUGAUCAAUGUCAGCCCCUUGGAGUGGGGCCACGUGCUGCUGGUGCCUGAGCCUGCCCGCGGGCUCCCCCAGCGCCUGCUGCCGGGUGCACUGAGGGCGGGGAUUGAGGCUGUACUGCUGAGCUUACACCCGGGCUUCCGUGUUGGCUUCAACAGCCUGGGAGGCUUGGCCUCAGUGAACCACCUCCACCUACAUGGCUAUUAUCUGGCCCACAGACUGCCCGUGGAGCAGGCGCCAAGCAAGCCCCUGGACCCUGGAGGCCAUUUGCAUCUGCUCCAGGGCCUCCCAGCUCCGGGCUUCCUCUUUUAUACUCGUGGGCCAGGGCUUGACUUGGAGUCCUUGAUACGCAGGGUAUGUAGGGCCACUGAUUAUCUGACUGACCAUGAGAUUGCACAUAACUUGUUUGUGACCCGGGGAGCUCCGCCAGGAAAGACAUCACCUUCCUCAGCCCUCACAGGGGUCCGAGUAAUUCUGUGGGCCCGGAAGUCCUGCUUUGGGAUAAAGGAUGGUGAGGCUUUCAACGUUGCCCUCUGUGAGCUGGCUGGGCACCUCCCUGUCAAAACAUCCCAGGACUUUAGCAGCCUGACAGAGGCAGCUGCUGUGGCCCUCAUUCAGGACUGUCGGCUGCCCCCAUCCCAGGCAGAAGAGGUACAGGCAGCACUGGUGGCCCUGAUGUCCCAGGAAGAGCAAUAAUACUUCUGGAUGUAUUUAUGUUCUUUUCUUCUUUUCUUUUGAGAUAGGUCUCACUCUGUCACCCAGGCUAGAGUGCAGUGGUGUGAUCCCGGCUCACUGUAGCCUCGACCUCUGGGGCGGAAGUGAU